CGAAGUAGGACUGCCGGUAAAAGUCCAUGAAUAAGUAAUAUUGUCCCCACAGCAACCAUCAACAUAACAGGUGUGAAUGUGCAUAAAAAUGUGAAGCAGGCUGUUGCUGUAGAAGAAUAGCUGGUGAGCUCAGCAAAUCGUUUGGAUAAAGGUGAAAGGUGAAGUGCAGUGUAAGGCUACCAUCCCACCAAAAAAAAAAAAUCAAAUGGCAUUUAUGAGGGAAAUAAACAACCAAUGGGAUUCGAGCACCUGUAACUGUGUGCCAGCCCUCCACUGCUGUCAGAUUUGGUGGUGGGGGUUUGGAGGGGUGGAAUCCCCCCUCGGUCAGUGUAGCAGAAUUACACACAAGGGUCUGACCAGGGCUGCCUGUCUUUGGCGAUUUGAGAUGAUAAUGUGCAAGUGUUGCAUGCCUCAUCACUUUGGUUGGAAGUGCAGAGCAGAGAUGAUCUUUCAAUCUGGCCUCUGAAAAAAAAACAAAAAAAAAAAACAUUUCACCUCACUCCUCCCGGAUUAAAAUCUAGGGUUACCUAAUCUCUUUUAAUCUGGACUAAAUCGGUCUAAUCUGUAGAGAAAAUUACACCGGCUGAGGGUAUAGCCCGAGAAUAAUCAUCUGAGGUGAAACCUCCUGUGACUUCUCCUCAGGAGGGAGGGCAUUUGGACGCUGCACACGUUGCACAGGACAAUUUGUUACGCACAAAGCAGAUCAGACACUGUUAGUUUUGUUUUUUUUAAAAAGACAAAAAAAACCUUGUCGGGAUUAUGCAGGAAUUUCCCCCUUGUAUAAUUUUCAUAUUUUUUUUGUUUGUUUUUUUUAUAGUUUAUUUUGUAUAUUGGUAGAAAUUUAAUUUUUUUAUUCUUAUUUUAUUCUAAUGUUUUUAUCUAUUCUUUUGUUUUAUUAUACUGUUUGACUUGCACCAACAAAACCAAAGCCAAUUCCUAAUGUAUAUCUCUUUACACCUGGCAAUAAACAUGAUUCUGAUUCUGAUUCUGAUUUAUCACCGGUUGGACGUGGAGGCUGACACACACACACACAAAGCGCCAGUGUGACGCUCCGCCAGAAAAGAUCAUUACGCAGAGUUUUGAUUAAGAAUUUGGUUUUUUUUUUACUCCCUCAGUUCAUAUCAGACAUAGUGGUGGUGUGAGAGAGACAGAGAGAGAGAGAGAGAGAGAGAGAGUUCGGGAUUUCGCUGUAAUCAUGUUCGCAGAGUAUUGAUUUCGUGAGCGCUCUCCAAUUGGCAGCAUCUCCACUACAGCGCCGGCGCGUCAUCCUCGGUUCACAUCGACGGAACGAGUUGUAAGCAAAUGAGAACAUGUGUGGGGAUCUGAGAGAGAGAGAGUGAGAGAAAAGGCAAAGGGGGGAAUAGAUAGAGGGGAGCAAGAGAGGAAGGUGUGCUAAAAAAAAAAGACUAUUUUAUCAAACCCUGACAACUGGAUACGAAAUUUUAAACGCUGGACUAUUAUUAUUAUUUUUUCUUUAUAUUUUUUUUCUGGGAAUUUAUCGAUUCGUCACAUUUUUGCGCGCACGCCUCUUCCAUUAUAAUCGCAGACAGUUGCUGUUCAGGCUGAAUGGACUUGUGUGAAUGUUGCCGCUGCCAGCUUUAAUCCGUGCAGACUGGAAGAUUUAAUAAUUCACGGUAAUCACGCAUUAUCGCCUCAGUGGAUGCUCUCAACACAACACAGCUCUGGUGAUUUCUCUCUCCACACCGCUUCUUCUUCUUCUUCUGGAGGAUUUAUCGACGGGGCUCUGCUUUUUUUUUUUUUGCAAAUAUGCUCCUUAUCUGAAAUAUCAUCUGUUGCUGCAACUGGAUUUUUUUUUUUUUUUUUUUUUAAAAAGCCCUCCCAUGACUGGCUCUGGCACGCGUUUUUCAUAUUGACUGCCUAUCCUGGAGGUGAUGAUGAUGUGUGGACUGUUUAAAUAAGAAGAAGCAUUUUUAAAAAAUUUGAUAUUUUGACUCCAGGUUAAAAAUGGACGAGAAAUUACUAUUACUUUUAUUACUUCUCUUGUCUCUACACGCCAGGCUGUGAUUCUGCUAUAAUGAUCCUUUCACUCUCAUUGAAUUGCCUCUUUAUUGAUUCAGACUGUAUAAGCUUAUAAUAAUAGCAGUAUAUUACAAGGUGUGCUUCUGAGGAACAGUUGGAUACGCGGAUCGUUGAGGUAUUUGUUGCUCUUCCAUUUGAUUUAUUCCGUUUUUUUUCGCAACUGAAGGGUAAAUGUUGAUGAUGGAGGACGACGAAUUAGACGCUGCUCAUCAGGUUGAUGAUUCGGAUUUCGAGCCGCAGAGCCGGCCUCGUUCGUGCACCUGGCCGCUGCCUUGCCCGGAGGAUUUCCACGAGGUCACCGGGGGUCUUCCUCUGGUCAACAUCAAGGUGGAACCGGAGGACGUCCCGGCUUGCAUAGGAGAGCUGAAGCAUCCAGCUUGCUCACUACCGGCACACACCGAGGGCGUCACACAGACGCACCCACAGACGCACCCAUGCCUGGCCGGCGCGGUGCCGCUCCUCGAUGUGACCGGACCACCGCCGCUGCGCAAAGCCAAAUCGUCGCGGCGGAACGCGUGGGGGAACCAGUCCUACGCGGAUCUCAUUACACGGGCCAUCGAGAGCACCACAGAAAAGAGACUCACGCUGUCACAAAUAUACGACUGGAUGGUCCGCUAUGUGCCCUAUUUCAAGGAUAAGGGCGACAGCAACAGCUCAGCCGGCUGGAAGAACUCCAUCCGACACAACCUAUCCCUCCACACACGUUUUAUCAGGGUGCAGAAUGAGGGAACAGGGAAGAGUUCUUGGUGGAUGCUGAACCCAGAUGGAGGGAAGAUGGGCAAGUCCCCCCGCCGGCGAGCAGUCUCCAUGGACAACAGCACCAAAUACCUAAAAAGCAAAGGCCGCGUCAGAGGCAAGAGGGUUGGCCGUCCUGGGAUAGGAGCGGGGUCUGUUGUGGUUGGGCUCCAGGGCUCCCCCGACCAUGGCAGCCCACCACGGAAAGGCCUGCCAGGAGCUGGAGGUGUAUCUGUGACGGAUGGAGAGUUUGAUGCUUGGACAGACCUCCAUUCCAGGGCUAGUUCAUCAGCCUCCACACUGAGUGGGCGUCUGUCACCCAUCCUCGCGGAGGGGGAGCCAGAGGAACCAGAGGAGGGUGGCCUGUCCUGUUCCACCUCCCCCCACCUCUACCCCUCGCCGACCAGUGCCCACUCUCCAUCCAGGGGAGCAGGGAACCUCUGUCCUCCCCUCGAGCAGUUGCCUCAGCUGGCUAACCUGACUGGUGCCAUCAGCCUGGAUGAGCAGCUGAUGGAGGAUAGUUAUCAUCACCAUCACCCAGCGCAGCAGCAGCAACACCAGCAGCAGCAUCCAGCUGUUGGCAGACAUAAGCACCAAACCCCUGUCUACCACUACAGCUCUGGAGUUAAGGUGCAGAGCGUCUAUGGUGCAGGCGUCUAUGGUGCAACAGGCAUGGGGAUGCUGCGCCACCACUCACCCAUGCAGACCAUUCAGGAGAACAAGCCAGCAAGUUUCUCUGGAACCAUGCGGGCGUACUCCAGCACCAAUGCCCUGCAGAGUCUGCUAACAGGGGGUCCAGCUAGGCAGCAAUACUGUUCCAAGGACAUGAUGCUGGGACAGGAGAGGGAAAGCCAUCCUAUGAUGGCUCAAGCUAGUAACGGAGUAGGCUCCAACCAUCACAGCCACCUCCCGGGCCACCUCAAUGGCCACAGCCUCAAUGGACCUCAUAGUCACAGCUCAGCCCAUAGCCAUAACAGAACUCACAGCCAUACGAGUAGUCAUAAUCACAACAAUGUCACUAACCACAACCACAACUCACCUCACAGCCUCGCUCACAACGGUCACAACCUCAGCCAGAGCCAUAACCACACACCGCCCAGGGCUGUGGCCCUCAUCCCCCGCGGCAACACCAAUCAGCUGCAGACCUACAACCACAAAGCUCCCUAUCUGUACAGCCCCCCAUCACAUGCCCACCUCCCCGCCUCCACCACCCUCCCCCCAAACCCAGCAGGUAUGCUCGGCAUGCCCCAGGACUCCUGCCAUGUGGCCACCGCCCCACACCCCCGUCACAACCAUUAUCCUGACACCCAACACCAAGGCAUGACUAACGGACCAUACCACCAUGGCCAGGGGAUGGGGAAUGGUAGCAUUGGUAGCAACUACCAUGGCUAUCACCAACCUCUCCCCCACGAGAGACUACCAGCUGACCUGGACAUUGACAUGUUCCACGGUAGCUUGGACUGCGAUGUGGAGUCCAUCCUCCUCCAUGACAUUAUGGACUCUGGGGAGGAGAUGGACUUCAACUUUGACUGCUCCCUAGCCCAGGGGGUGGGCAUCGGCAUGGGUAUGGGCAUGGGCGUGACCAUGGGCAUGGGGAUGGGAAUGGGCGGUCUGACUGGUCCACAGCAAGCCCACAGCAACCAGAGCUGGGUGCCUGGCUGAAGUCUAGGACAACUCAUCCUAACCUCUGAACUAAAAGAAAUACCCUACCCAUGAAGCACUGUGCUCAACUGUGACAUUCCUGACUUGACACAGAGACUAAAGGACCAACACUCCCGUCCCGCUUUGUUGUCUUGACAAUUCUUCUGUCACCCUAUCCUCUUUUGGUUUCCCUCCCCCUCCACCCCCUCCCGAGAGAUCUAGUUCAUGUCACAUUAGGUUUUUCUUCAUAUCAGCUAUACUGUGAUGACAAUCUCUCAGCUGUGCUUGCCCAACAUCGCUUCUCAUCUACCAUGAGAACUGAACUCUCAAUGCACUUUAUUGCAAGUGGGUCACAUCUCGCAGUGCAGCACGUUCACAGAGCAGCUCAGGCAGAGCUCGGCAUGUUUUGUAAGGUGGCUGCAGUAAUUUGACGGCAGCAAAUGAGGAAAUGACAAGCUCCGUUGAUAAAGUGUCACAUCUUGGCAUUGAAUUAAAUUUGGACUCCCUUUCCUCGUAUGCUGUCAUUGUCAGUGGUGGGGACAGUUUUUGCAAAAAAUCCUUAGUUGCUUUGUGAUUAGAUCCAUGUUUUUUCAAGCUUUAGCUCAACACCUGAGACACUGCCUAUUCCUCAUCACAUAGUACCAAAUUUAAAAUAUGAACAAAUACAAUUUUGUUAAAUUUAACCCUGAUUUGAUACUGGUUUGAAUGUAUUUAUGCAGUAUAUUUAAAUAGAGAUCUCAUCCGAAACCAGUUUACCAUUUUAAUGAUAAUGACAUUCACAUGCUCAUCAGAUCCAAUUAAUUAUCUUACACCAGCAGUCCUUUUAUUUACAGCGACAUGCAUUUAGUCCUUGGUGCUUUGACUUUUCUCUUGGAUGUAACAUUUUGUCACUGCCCUACUGCCUUCGGUUAGUAUAUUGCCACUACAUCGUUAAAUGGAUUCUAUCAUUACUGGCUAGCAUGCAAUUUGGUGAAUUAAAAUGUUGUAUCACCUUAUCUCACCUGGGCUUCUCGUGCCUGCUUCCCUCUCUCUCUCUCUCUGCCUGCCAGUGGAGACAAAGUGACCAUUCCUCACACUGAGCCAUUAAUGUGGCUUGAUUGAAAUUCAGCAUCUUGCUUUUAAUCUCCAAAGUGAUGCGGCAGCGAUGCGUCAUUAUUGAGAAUCUAACGCGUUGUCCUCCCAUCUCUCACCCCGGCCGUCCGGGCAGCCGCUCGCUUCUCCGACUUAAUGUGCCAGGAAAGCGAGACAAAACUGUGAUUAACGCCAAGUCACUCUGCCUGCUGUCCUGCUCUGAGAAGGGCCAAUGUCACUGUCCGCUUGCCUGCUCACAGAGGGUACAAAAAGGAAAAGAUGGAGACAAGGAUAGAACAAAAGUCUGUUAUUGCAGUGGGAUCAAUCAUCAGCCUCAGUUUCCAUACUCUUUGGGUGUGCGUGUCUGAAAACAGGUAGUGUAUUCGUAUUGUAAAUCAUCUCCAAUCUCUGUAUUUUGUACUCCCCUGUUCCCAUGUUUUCAGUGCUUAUACCUUGAGCUUCAAAUACUCAAAUAGGUGCAAUGGGAGGGAGAAAAGGAGAAAACAAUCAGCCAAUCUGAGUGGCAUGAGUCUAUGUCAAACAGGGUUGUAAUGCCCCACAGCCAUCCACAUCCACUUUUUGUGUGUUUAUUCUGUUGUCUUGUAGUUGUUGUUGUAUUGUUGAAAUUCUAAGGACCAACAAGGACAAGCGCUGAAAUAUCCGUGGUGUAAGGAUGGAAUUCAAUGGUGAAAUGAUGUUGGUAGUGCAGUAUGACCUUCCUAUGCUCCAGUACCGUGCACCCCUCCCACACGUGCUCUCCUCAAUUGUCUCUGUUUGUGAGUGUGGGAUUCUGAAGCUUGUUUCUCACUGGCCUUGAGAGAGAAAAAAAAACUAUUCUCUAGUUCCCUUAAGGAGACUAUCUGCGCUUGGUCCGCACCAAGUACGGCACACAAAGGAAAAGAUGGGGGUUAAAGGUGUGUGUGUGUGUGGGUGGGGGGGUUAUUGUUACAGCCAAAGGUCAAGCACGGCACAGACUAUCAGACCCAUUAUUGAGGUAAAUACCUUUAUUUCAGGGCUUUUAGUCGCGGUGGUUCCAGCUAAUCUCCGUGUGGAAAAUGUGUGGAAUUUUCUAAGCAAAUGGGCCUCACGAAGCAGUUAUGUUAUGCUACAGACAUUUAGCAAUGCCCUGCUAUUGGAAAGAGAGCUAUAUAUGAUGUCUAAUUUUCCUAUAUUUAUUUAUGAAAGAGAUUGGUCUUUGUCACUCCUAAAUGUGGUAGUUGUUUGAGUCAACUCCUAUCCCCUUCCUCUUUUGUUUUUCUUCUCUGUUUUUUAAGAUGUCACUCUCCCUUUGCUCCUUUUACUGACUUUUAUUUUGUACAAAAUCUAUAUAUUAAGAAUAUUGUAUAAUAGUUUUUAAAAUCUCGAAAUAAUAUCAGUUUUGUUGUCUAUUUCUUUUUUAAGAGAAUGUAUCUCAUCAUCUGGUGACUGUUAAAUAAAUGAAAUUAAAAGAAA